AUGUUAUUCACGCUUCUCAAAGGCUCGCUACUCUUCGUUUAUGGUGUUUAUGUCUGGGUCGGCGUGCAAGCGGUGGCAGCCCAGAACCUCACAAUACCCGGAAAUUGGCGCAAACCCCUUUCCAAUCUCAGCCGCGAGGUGCGCGAAGGCAUCGCUUACGAUGCAGCAUACCCGCUUUCAAAAAUACCGAUCUCUAUCGGGACAGCAGGGUUGCCCCGCAUACAACAGGUCGCUGGUCUCUACGCUGUGCUCGCCCUGCAAGAUUUCUACAGUGGAAAUGGAACGUGGAAGGACCUGGUGACUGAAAAGCUGCCUCUCGAAGUCCAAGGAUCGAACGGAUUCUUCGACGAAAAGUACAAAAUCUACAGCGACGUGAUGCAUUGGGGGCUCGCUUUCUUCUAUGCGCAUCGAGUAUACGACGAGGAUGUCCUCUUACAAAUCGCAAUUGAUGCUUGGAACAUUGCUCAUAGCGGUGGGUUCAUCGACCCCGCCGCCGCCGUUACCAAUAGCGGAGCUGGGCGUAAUGUGACAUCUCCUCCUAGCAGUAAUUGCACAGGCGGGACUUUUGCCGGGGCGGUGUUCUAUAGGGCUGAUACGAGUACGGCUGUGAAUAUGGAGACGGUUGGGACAUUCAUGACGCUGUCGGCGUACUUGUUUGAAAAGACUCAGAAUGUGACCUAUCACGAUACGGCGCAACUCUCGUUGGAUUUUAUCCUCAACUAUCUAUGGAAUGGAACGUUGGUCUAUGACACUAGGUACCUGGGUAACUGUGGCAUAAUGGUCAGGCCCUUCUCGAUGAAUCAAGGCUGGUUUGUGGAAGGCCUGUCAGUGUGGGCAAAUGUGACCAAGAAUGGUACUCUGACAACGUUUCUCGAGACGGUGGUGACUAAUGUCACAACGUCCCCUUCUUGGACAUUGCCAGGCAGUGUUGUAAACGAUCUCGAGCCUUCAGUCACAUCGGAUCCAACGAAUGCAGCUCUCAAAGGAAUCUACAUUCGUGGUCUUGCUGAGGCGCACAGACGAAAUCCUGGAUCGGCUCUGGCCAGUUACAUUGAAGCGUAUAUCUACGUGCAGUUGAACUCCAUAUUAGAUUAUGCUCGAGCACCUGACAACAGUGCCUACUCAACGUCAUGGACAGGCCCUCCUGUAACGUCGUACACCGAAGCUGGUGGUAAUAUAGCCGCUUUGGAUGUUUUGAACCCUGCCUUCAGCUUCGUCGAGCCUUCAGCCAGCUCCCCUAUGAUCCCUCAGACACCAAACGGGACACCCGGGCCUGUCUCUGCGAAGUCUCACGACACUGGCGCCAUCACCGGGGGCGCAGUGGGCGGCGUCGUAGCUGUCGCCGUCAUCAUCGCGAUCGUUUUCUUGUGCCGCCGUCGAAGAAUCAAAGAAGCGCGGGACGCCUCUGAGGGUGACCUUGAUGCCUACGGGAUCAGACUAGUUGAACCGUUCAUCUCACGUAUAGCGCAAAACCCACCUUCAAACAAGUUCCAGCGCAUGAACGAACUGAAUCAAGGCAACACCUCUUCGCCACCAGUUCCCCAGCCAGUGCCCAACACGCGUGACACAACUCGCAGACCAGACCGGCCUCACGAUGCGAGGCGUGAGAUCGCCAUUGCCCUUCCCGUACUAGUCGAACAAUUGCGAAACGUGCUACGCGGGCCCCAGCAGGACGAGCUUCCCCCGCGAUAUGGUGAUUGA